AUGUCAACGACGAACGCAACGACGAGCAAUGUAGCUCCUGCCUGGAGGCAAUUCUCCUUCUUCGACGUCGUACCCGUCAAAGACCCACACGACCUCGACAGUUCACCUUACAUCUUCAAGGUUGCAACCGAAAUCUCCACCAUCGCGCCCUCCUCAGCGGGGAUGCUCGUAGCCGACAUCCACGGCAGCGUGCACCUGCUGAACCGGGACUUUGAAACACUCAGCAGCUGGGUCGCGCAUACCGGCGGACGCGUUACGCAUAUGGUUGAGCAGAAUGGUAUUCUUGUUACUCUCGGGGAAGAAGACACCGUCAAAUCGCCCCUACUCAAGAUCUGGGAUUUGGAUAAUAGGGAUAAGAAGAACGGCGCGCCUAUCCUCCUGCGUUCCGCCAAGGUGCAGCAAAGUAACCGGCCGCAUCCUGUGACUACAGUAGCAUCCUCCUCCGGCCUAACCCACCUGGCCAUCGGCCUCGGCGACGGCACCGUCAUCCUCUACCGCCACCUCGACCAAUCCCUCUCCUCCUCCUCCUCCCUCACCGCCCUCCCCAAAGCCCGCACGAUCCACGAAUCCCCCACCGAGCCCAUCACCGGCCUCGGCUUCAAAGAGCCCACCGACGACACGCCCUCCACCCACCUCUUCAUCGUCACCACCAACCGCGUCCUGACGUACCAGGUCUCUGGCCGGGGGAGCGGCGGUUCGCCCGUCACCGUGGACGAGAUCGGUUGUGGCCUGGGGUGCGCGACGAUGGAUUGGCGCGCGAGGGAUAUCGUCGUCGCGCGCGACGAAGCGAUAUAUCUGUGUGGAACAGACGGCCGAGGCGCGUGUUAUGCCUACGAAGGCGUGAAAUCCUCCGUCCACACGCACCUAAGCUACCUCGUCAUCGUCUCCCCGCCGUUCUUCCCCAGCGCCUCUGCCGCCUCUGCGACCGUGCGCAAUUACGUCGCUCGGUCGGGGAGUAAUGCGAAUGAGACGGAUAUCACAAAGGUUACUGUGUUUGAUUUGGAGAACAAGUUGGUGGCGUAUUCGGGGACGUUUAGGCAGGGUGUGAGGGAGGUGGUGUCGCAGUGGGGGAAGGUUUAUGUUCUUUCGACUGAUGGGAAGCUCCUCUCCCUAGAAGAAAAAUCCACCGCCUCUAAACUCGAAAUGCUCUACCACAAAUCCCUCUACGUCGUCGCCCUCAACCUCGCCAAGACGCAAAACCUCGACGAGACCAGCGUCGCGGAUAUACACAAGCAAUUCGGUGACCACCUAUAUGCGAAGGGUGAUUAUGAUAAUGCGAUGCAGCAGUAUAUUCAGACUAUUGGGGUUGUGCAGCCUAGUUAUGUUAUUCGGAAGUUCCUAGAUUCGCAAAGGAUCCAUAACCUGGUGACAUACCUCCAAGAACUGCACACCCUCGGACUCGCGAAUUCGGAUCACACAACGCUCCUGCUCAAUACCUACACCAAGCUUAAAGACGUCGCCCGACUUGAUAGUUUUAUCAAGGCCGAAUCUCGUCGAUCUGACACCGGCCACGGCGAAGAAGAGCUCCCGUUCGACUUGGACACUGCGAUCCGCGUGUGCAGGCAGGCGGGGUACUUUGAGCACGCGUCCUACCUCGCUCGGAAGUACGAGAGGCAUGAGGAUUAUUUGAGGAUCCAGGUUGAGGAUGCGGGGAAUGUGAAGGAUGCGUUGGAGUAUUUGAGGAAGUUAGGGCCUGAAGCUGCGGAAAGCAAUUUAGCAAGAUACGGCCGCGCGAUGCUCGAAGCUCUCCCAGAAGAAACAACACAGCUUUUAAUCGAUUUAUGCACCAAAUCCCCUUCCUCCCUCGACCCGGACGCCGCCGCCAACGCGCCUUUGGCGAUCAAACAGCCUACACCGACCACCGCAACCACAACCACCUCCUACCUAUCGUACCUAGCCCUGAAUAGGAGCACAACGGUACCGACUGUGGUGUCGUCUUCGGAGACGCAGACGGUAGCGGCUCCGCCUUCUCCGUCGAUUAAGACGCUUAGGGCGGAGGGUGCGUCGGGUAGGAGGGAUGGGUCGGUGGAUGGUGCGACGCCUCCGCCUUCGGGUUCUGCUUUUGGUGUCUCGACUGCAGUCGUAGGCGCCAAUGUCGACGUGGGCACCGCCCUCGCUCACGGUGCCGGUGCGGGCGCAGUCAGCGGCCUCCCACCCCGAUCCUCCACUGCCCCUCCCGAACCACCCGCUGGCCCCCCACCAGUCCAGCGGCUUUCGCCUAGCCUUUACUUUUCGCAUUUUGUGGACCAUAUGCAGCAGUUUGUUGUGUUUUUGGAGACGGUUGCUGUUAGGCGGUGGGGCCAGAGUGUGGAUGAUCGGGAUAACAGUGGGGAGGUGGGGGUUUGGUCUGAGAAAGGACAGGGGCAGGGACCACAGGAGAACGAGAACCAGGGCGCUGAGGAUACCCACCACCUCGACGACAUCGCACAAGCGCAAGACCGACAAGACCAAAUCGCCGUCUGGAACACCCUACUCGAGCUGUACCUCACCCUCCCCGCCAAAGACAACGAGAGCGAUCGGGCGGUAUUCGAUGAGUCCAAGAUGCGCGAGAAGGCGUUGCGCGUUUUGCGGAGUCGGGAGAUCCCGUACGACACGACGCACGCGUUGAUACUCUGUUCCACGCACGCGUUUACAGACGGGCUCGUCCUUCUCUGGGAGAAACUCGGUAUGGUGGAGGACGUGUUGCGGUUCUGGAUUGACAGGCACAACUCGGAUCCCCUCUCCUACCCCAACGCUUCCAACAAGGUGGUGGAGAAUUUGAUGCUCUAUGGACCGCAACAUCCGAAUCUUUAUCCGCUUGUGCUGAGGUUCCUUACGUCUACGGAGGAGUUGUUGAGGAAGCAUGAGGAGGAUGUGAGGGGUGUGUUGGAGGUUGUUGGGGAGGAGGGGGUUAUGCCGCCUUUGGCUGUUGUGCAGGUACUUGGGAGGAAUGGUGUUGCGAGUGUGGGUCUUGUGAGGGAGUGGUUGGUUAGUAGGAUUAGGGGGAUGAGGGGGGAGGUGCAGAAUGACCAAGAACUAACCCACUCGUACCGCCUCGAAACCGAGUCCAAGCUUAAACUUGUCAAGGAACUGUCGGAUCCUGACCAACCACGCGUGUUCCAUGUGACGAGGUGUUCAGUGUGUCAUGCGCAGUUGGAUUUGCCGAGUAUACAUUUUAUGUGUGGACAUAGUUAUCAUCAGCGAUGCCUAGGCGACAACGAAACCGAAUGCCCAACCUGCAUCCAAGAACAAAGCGUUAUCCGCGAGAUUCGGCGUAAUAAUGAAAGGUUGGCGGAUUUGCAUGAUGUGUUUUUGUCCGAGGUGAGGGAGAGUGGGUUUGAGGCUGUUGCGGAGGCGUUUAGUAGGGGGAUGUUUGGGAGGGGUGGGUCGGAGGGGGAGGGGGUGCCUGUUGUUGUUGGUUAG